AUGCCUCAGAGGCCUGACGAAGACGAACUGGCUUUGUGGCAACAACUUCAAUCAAGACAUGUCGCCAUCGUGGUUUUUGAGUCCUUCCUAUUCAUUUUUGUCAUGGUGUUACCUCUGUUUGGAAAUCUGUUGGUCUGUUACGCUGUAUACCGAAAUCCUCGACUACGAUGUCCCAGCAACUACUACAUCAUUUCCUUGGCUAUGACCGACAUCUUGCAAGCGCUCUGCACGAUGCCACUUUCCGUUGUUUUUCUGUCAACCGGUCAUUGGCCAUUCGGAAAAGGCUUAUGUUACUCCUCCGCCAUCACCAAAUUUGUCCUGACCAAAGCAUCCAUAUACACUAUGACUCUUAUGGCACUGAACAGAUAUUAUAAAAUAGUGAAGCCUAGUAAGUACCAAGCCUUAUUCAAGAAAAAGUUCAUCGUUGUCACUGCAGUCUUAGCUUAUGCUAUUCCAAUUUUUGUAGCGCUUGUCUCUGCCUUUGCUCUCGAUCAAGCCACGAAACCGAACCCCGGUUACGCCCUAUGCACAACACAAAUUCGUCCUCGGUUUUUGGUAAUUAUAACUAUUUUAAUGUUUUCGCCGUAUAUUAUUAUCGGUUUUUGUUACUGGAAAAUUCACAAGACAAUCAAAAUGCACAACGCCAACAUGUCUUGGAAGACGUCAAACGUCCAAGACGUAAAAAUAAGCAAGACGCUGGGUGUUACCGUGAUUGCUUUUGUUUGCCUUUGA